AUGCGGCAGCACUACGCGGCGCUCCUCCGCCGCGCCGCCUCGCUGCCGUCCCUCCCGCUCGUGGCCUCCCUCCACGCCGCCGCGCUGCGCCGGGGCGCGGUCCUCGUCCCCUCGCUCAUCCACGCAUAUUCCGCCUGCGGCGACCCAACCUCCGCGCGUAGCGUGUUCGACGGAUUGCCCGCGCAGGAGCAGACGCUCUCGGCGCGCACCGCGCUGGCCAGCGCGAUGUCGGCGCACGGACGGUGCCAGGAUGUACUCGUACUGUUCCAAGGACUGGAGGGGGAGAUGGACGAUAAAGCGGUGACGGUGGUCCUCGCCGCGUGCGCGAGGGCAGGGAUGGUGAGCGAUGGACGGCAGGUGUUCGCAAAGGUGAGGAGGCCGGCGCUGCAGCACUACACGUGCAUGGUCGAGAUGCUGGGACGGGCCGGGGAGGUCGAGGAGGCAGAGGGGCUGGUGGCGAGGAUGGAUGCGCGCCCUGACAGGGUUAUCUUCGCGGUGCUUCUGGCAGCUUGCCGGGUGCACGGUCGCGUCGAUGUGGCCGAGAGAGUGGCCAGGUUGAUGCACGGGCAUGGCAUUGCCUGAAUGUUUUGCGGGUAUGAUAUUUGACCAACUGACCAUUGUGUUUGUCGAUGUCCAUCUCAUCUCCACGACUCCCAUCCA